GUUCGAUGUGUUUUUAAGUAUUUUGAGUGUUGUACCAUUGAAGGUGUGAGGUUUUUUGAAGACAACAAGGGCGACUCAGUGUACAACUGUCUUGCAGUUGAGUCCUUGUCGGACUAGAGAAUAAAAACACACGCGGAAAAAUAGUACACGAUUGUUUCCACUACCCGAUGGCGGCCCUGCUCGCGGCUUGUGCUCGUCGGUGCACGAAUCUUCGCCGUUUUACGAGAACAACCGACAGCAGCAGUGCGCAAAACCAAAAUCCCCAACAUAAGUUCCCUGUCAGUGCUACAACUCCGCCUCCGGAAGACGAGGAACACCACAUUUACGUCGAGGGCAAUAUUUCGGAUGUGAAUUUUCCCGUCGACACGAAGCAUUGGCAGAUCAUCAUUCCCAAAGCGCACCGCAACUACGAGCAUCCGGAGGAAGAAAUCAGAAAUCCGGAAGAAAUCAAAGCCAUCCCGCUUUGCUCGCUGUCUCCCGACUACUCAAAACGGGUUCUGAAGAACACCAUAGAAUGGGACAGUUUUGGCUUUGUCGAGCAGUGCCUUCGGUGUCAUCUACAAUUGAAAGUGAUGUUGGUGAAGAAGAAAAUUCCUCGAGGGUCUUUAGGUGGCUCUUCCAGUAAGAGGGCGAACAACGGAUCAUGGUCCUGUAGCAGAAGAAAAUGCCGUGCGUGUUUAAGGAAUUCGUGGAGAGGUUGUAUACGUCGCAUAAUAAAUCCAUCAGCUGCACGACCCGCUCUCCCUCUCGAGAAGAAGCAAAUCUUCUCGACUUGGGAAAUCGGCGGGCCGCUUUGCCAACAUCUCGAACUGCAUGUCGAAAUCGACACGGUGCACUUCAAUUGGAUAGAAGGUCCUCCAGUGCUCUCCGUGGAGCUGCCGUUAGAGGACGAGGACGACGAGGAUCAUGUUGGAGAAAAAGAAAAUGAUUCUCGAGUAGAUGACGGCGCCGGCGGAGAGGGAACAACAGACGUGGAUCAGGACUCUUCCCCGUCCUCCAGCCUGUGCGAAGCGGUGACGCAUUGCAACAUUUGCUGGGAGGCGCAUAAACACAAGUUCGACGGCUACGAGGAAAUGGACACAAGCGAGGUGGACACUAGCGAGAGUGAUAGUUCCAGUCCCGCGCGCUCCGAUCACGAAUAUGUUGUAGUAGCAACAUCUACCAGCACAUCAAGCAGUUGUGCCGGCAGUGAUCCACCAUCUAGUACUUCAAUUUAUUCGACCGCCGAAACAACUCCUGCUGCGAUGAACAAGAGAAAAUUAUCGCUCGCCCCCGUCAUUUUUCACAACAAUCUUCUCCUCGAGAUUUACCAAUUUCUCCACGUCAGAGAUUGGGUCACGCACUCCCGCGUGUCCAAGCACUUCCAACAAACUUUAAACACGAAGACCGCGCGUCUCUUCCUCUUCAGCAAAUAUAACCGCUUUUCGGCGUUUUCGAGUCUCUUGCUGCCCGAGCACCGGUUGUUCUACAAAAUUUUCAUUUUGGUCAGGAUGCUGUUCAAGCGGGAGUUUUUCGAGGUGCAAAAAAAGCCCAUGCGGUUGAAGGGCAGCGCGAAGUUCCGCUUCGAGCUCUUUCAGCGGCUGGACUGGCUAGAACCCAUCCUGCGGAUCUGCAAGGACCGAAAGGGCCCGAAGGCUCUGUGCGUCCACGCGCCAUUUACCGCGGAGCAGGCAGCGGACGUCGAGCAGUGGGGCGGGCAGAAUCUGGUCAAGGGGGUGUUGGCGCAGGCGCUGCGAUUCGGUAAGUACUUGAUUUGCUUUGCUUUUCGGUCGUAGACUUCUUCAUCUCUACUUCCGAAAGAAUUCGGUAGAAAUAAAUGCGAGUUGAAUAUACACGAAUAGUUACAUACAUGGUUCCACCGCCAUAAAAGUUCAUUCAUGCUUCCACCACUUCAGGCGACUGCCACACCGCCGCUGUCGCCCUCAGCUACGGCGCCUCCCCCUUCGAGCCCUUCUGGGUCGUCUGCCCGUUCGGCGGGUUGCGCGCGCGGAAGGAGGAGUCCAUGCUGUCGCUUGCCGCCGUUUCGGGGCAGGUGGCCUCCGUGAACUGGAUUUUUGAACUGUACGAAAACCUCCCGGACGAGGAGAAGCGAAAACACCUGGAACACAGCCAGGCGGAGAACCCGGAGAACGAAUUUCGCUUCGGAAUCGACCAAACCACGCCCGUAUCAAGUGUAAAAAUGUCUGGGUCUGGAAGGAUGUAAUUUGUGAUGCGCAUUUCAGAACGCAAAAAAAUCUCUGACGCAUAGGCAGCAAAAGCUGCUCACUUUCUGUCACCAAAAUGGGGGAUUUGUCAUGCGGAUUCGGCAUUGCGGAAGCUUCUCGAAACCUGUGAUGCUAGAGCUUCCAUGCCAGACCUUCUGUGUCAUGCUGAAGCAGCAUGAUUCUUCCAGACCCAGACAUUUUUACACUUGAUAGCCCGGGCUGCAGUCCGCUUUGCACGCCGCGGCGUUUUCCGGGCACGAGGAAGUGUUGAAAAUCCUGUUGCAGCACAAAGCGAACCCCAACGUCGAGGACGGAAACGGGUUCACGCCCCACACGCUCGUCGAGUCCAUGAUGCAGCUGCGAUUACACUACUUGGCCAGGGAUCCGAGUAGGUGGAAACGAGUGAAGGACUUGCUCCGCCCGCGGCGACAGUUAGAACGGGAGCCGAUGCAGCGGGUGGCCGAGAUCCAGCCAGCGGUGCCAAACAAUAAUGAUCCGGAGGAGGGGAGGGCGGAGCUUGUAGACAGAGUGGUCGAUAGAGUCGCGGAUCGGAUCGUCGAAAUGGCGGUGGAAAGAGUAGUCAACAAUUUGAGAAGAGGUGGAGAUGCGGGUGACGAAAAUGGUGAAGAAAUAAAUCCUACGAGUAGACCCCAACCGGGAGCGCCUGAACAAGCGGACUGGAACCUGCAAUCCACGGCUGCUCCUGCUUUUGGCGCUCUUGGCGACGGAAUGUUGAAUAGCGGUAACGAGACCAACACAUCCACCGGGUCCGGACGAUUGUCCUUGCAGGACCAGUACAACAAAAUUUUCCUUGUCGAGCAGAACGCCGAGGAAAAUGCAGUUCGGCGCCGUGCUUUCACCUGGCCACAGAGUAGAGUACUAGGAGGCGUGGGAAUCGAGGAGGAACAAGAGAAAAGCGGUGAGGCAGAAGCUGCGGCAGAGUAGAGCGGCGAGAGUAGAAGCAGUGCGGGAAAUGAUAGACACUAAGGGGGCGCGGGCGGAGGAAGUGGUGCGAGCUGAGUCAACGGUUGAAAGGUCUUGCCUUGUCUUCAAGAAAGAUUUGUUUUCAGUCAUGUCAAUUUUCCGGUCGCUAAGGUCUUAGUAGAUUGAAACCGUGAGCGAUGAUGGCUAUUUUCUUUUAAAAUUUCUUUCUUCGUCGGCAAGCUACUGCAGCAAGAACUGAAGCAAAAUUUUUCGUAGGGAAAAGCAAGAAAGAGAUACCUAAUGACCGUCUUGUCUCAGAUAGUGGACAACGCAAAUAGACCUUAGAAUCAUGCCUGGCGUGAAUUAUGUACGAG